AUGAUUCUAUCCAAUCCGGCUCCUGUUGCCGCCCUAUUGGAGAUUGGUAUAAGCGUGCUUUCACCCGAAUCUACGCCUGCGCAAACCUCUCAUCUGGUUGAGAAAGGCGUUAAAAUACUGCGAAAACGCGCUGAUAUGCUUUGGGAUUACUUUUCCAUGAAACUCUCCCCGGGCGAGGACGGGGAGCUUCUUAUGCGUAGUUUGCCCUUGCUGCUAUAUCGGUGCGUUGCGCUUUGA